ACCGCUCGCUCCCCCCAAAGCCCCCCUACGUAAGGUGGGGGGCGCUUUACAGGGCCCCGUUGGAGGAAGCCUAAGUGGCUAGCUAGAUCUGCUUCUCCCAUCCACGUUAAGAGAUCGUCGACGCCUUUGCCUGCCUUGCUCGUAUAUAGAUAGUAGAGUGUGGGAGUGAAAGGGGUUAGGAGGUAAAGGGCACGGCGGCGAUGAGGCGGCGGCUGCGCAUCGGCAGGGUCCUGGACUGCUUCACCUCCUCCGUGCAGUGCGCGGGCGGCUGCCUGUGCGUCCGCGCGCUGGAGGACGAGGAGGACGCGGCCGUCGAGAGGGAGGCGCUGGUGGCGAGCGGUCGCCGCCGGCAGCAGCAGGUGCUGCGGCUCAGGGACCUCGUCGACGGGACCAGGACGCUCGGCUUCCACCUGCAGCCCAAGACGGUGGAGCUGAGGGUGGCCAUGCACUGCAACGGCUGCGCCAAGAAGGUUCACAAGCACAUCUCCAAGAUGGAAGGUAGCAAAACCAGAGCCCCUUUUCGGUGUACAGCCAAAUUUCUCCACCCAUUUCGAACCAAUGCAAGAAGCCCCACCUAGCCAACCUGAUCAUAAAAUCCAGGUGUUAUAGUGGGAGGGGUGGGGGCUUUUAUCCUCAGUCCAACAUUCCCCCUACUGCGUGCGAGCCGGGCGAGCCGCGGGGCUGUGCCACCUGUCCGGUCUCAGCACUUCGAUCUCAACGAACGCAACCAGGGAAAUCGCACAGUGGAAAUGCGUGGUCGGGAGGGAUCGAACCCAGGACCUCGGCUCUGGUACCAAGUUAGAACGCCCCACCUAGUCAACCCGACCAUAAAAUCUAGGUGUUAUAAUGAAAAGGGUGGGGGCUUUUAUUCUCAUUCCCACACAAACCAUACCUUUCGUCCCUGCAGACCUCAUCAGAUGUCCUCUAUUCGUCUCCAAGUGCUGCAUAAACGUGUAGGCUGCAGAGUCUUUCUUCUUCCGCGAUGUCCACCGGAAAAAAGCCGUACCACUCGAGGCUGCUGACGCAUGGUACGCUGCACUGCGUUGCCUGCGCUUCCUGCACACUGCGCUCCACUGCAUUGGCUGCGACCCCUCGCUGUGUUUAGAUCCGUAAAAUAGUGGUAAAAAAAGUCGCAUCGGACACUGUAGCACAUUGUAGUAUUUUUCGUUUA